ACAGAGAAAGCUACGUUCGCUCUCUCCUCGUCGAAGCUUACCAGAACCCAAUCACCAGAGAAGAAGACGAGAGAUUCCAUCGUCGUCGUUGUGAUCUCGAUCUUCGUUUCGAUCAAACAAGAACAAUGAUUGGGUUAUUCAAAGUGAAAGAAAAGCAAAAGGAAGAGUCUCAGAAUACCAAUAGAAGAGGAGCUUCUUCUGUCAAGAAGCAAUCUGCUGGUGAACUUCGUCUUCAUAAAGAUAUAUCAGAGCUGAACUUGCCAAAGUCUUGUAAGAUAUCUUUUCCGAACGGAAAGAAUGACUUGAUGAACUUUGAAGUAACCAUCAAACCUGAUGAAGGAUAUUACGUGAAUGGUAAAUUUGUGUUCACAUUCCUAGUCUCUAAUGUGUAUCCACACGAAGCUCCCAAAGUGAAAUGCAAGACCAAGGUGUAUCAUCCGAAUAUCGAUUUAGAAGGAAACGUCUGUCUGAACAUUUUGCGCGAAGACUGGAAACCGGUUCUCAACAUAAACACAGUUAUCUAUGGUCUUUUCCAUCUCUUCACGGAACCCAAUUACGAGGAUCCUCUGAAUCACGAGGCAGCAGAAGUUUUAAGGGAUAACCCGAGGACAUUCGAAAGUAAUGUCAGGAGGGCAAUGAUGGGUGGCCAAGUUGGCCAAACUUCAUUUGCUCGCUGCAUUUAGUAGGUAGGACUCUGGUCCAGGUUCCUUAGCCAUCUUCUUCUUCUAAAGUAACUUCUCCUGGUUUACUCUUGUACAUUGGAGACCAAAGUGAUUUUAGGAAUUUUCUGAAUUGCUUUAAAUAUUCAUUCAUUCAACUGAUCAACUCUUUAUCAUAUCAUAACCAAAAUAAUAGUAUGAAUAUCAGAA